AAAGAAACCAAGUUGCAGGAUAAAGAGAUGAGGAUUUCAAUGUUUAAUUGUGUUUUUCACAAAUGAAAAUGGGUUAAAUAUAGGGAUGCAAUAACAUCAGAUUUCAAAAAAAAAAUCAAAAGGAACAUAGCCACCAUAACAACUUUAUCUGCGCCGUAGGUAACUUUAGGGAUAAACCGAGGUAAGAGUGCGUCCGGGGGCAUCCUGGCACCAUAAAAACUUAAUUUAGAAGAAAUUGUUGCUGUGCCUAAACUGGCCAAUUUAACUUAAAUUUUGCUGUGCUGAUUACAAUGGAGUACAAUUCACAGCUGAGUGAAUAAGCCUGUAUAAUGUUGCUCCAUUUUGGUUCUGCAAUGAAUGCCUGCUAGCAGCCUGCAGGCCAGAUGUCAGCAUCCAGAGCUGCAGCAGUGAGCCUGGCAGGAGCCUGGCCCAGGGUGCAUUGUGCUAGCACAGUCUAAGGAGAACUUGGCUCAGGCGUCAAGCCAUCGCAUUCCACCACUGCGCAUGCGUCUCCCUAGCCCGGACCGCAUCACACUGUAUAUCACUACGCCCCUCACCCCCACCCUCCUUCCUGUUACCAUGUAAACCGCUUACGGACGUUUAGUAAAUAUCUUCGCGGCCCGUAUUGUUCUCAGUUACUGUGUUUCGCAAUACACCACACACGACUUUAAUAAAGAACGAAUAAAAACCCCACGAACCGCCACAGAGGCCGAAACCGCAUCCCCCAUCGUGUGGGGUGGUGAUGCGGCCGUUGCCCAGAAAAUAGUGUCCCUCCGCGCGGAGUACGCGGGGACUUUAUUGCGGGGAUUCCGGCGCCCAUGAGACGGCAUUUCGACUAAUUCGGAUCGGGUCGUGCAGGGUGGGCCUCAGCUCGGACAGCAAUACGGCCCAGACGGGGGUCGGCGGCGGUACCCACACGGCGGGCACGGUAAGGGGAGCUCCGAGCCUUUCUGUCAGGUUACCGAAUCUUUUCCAGGUCAGUGUGGGGUGUCGGGCCCUACCGGAUGUGGAAGUUGAUCUCCUCUGUGGCAAAAAAUAAUUCAACUUCCCCCGGAACCCGGAUCAUCCGAACGAUUUCCUGUUGAUUGCGUUAAAGUCGGCGAGUUUCCGGGGACCCGGGGCUGCGGCAGGCCUGGCCGCUGGGGGAGCCGCACCGGGGCCUCUCCGAGAGCGGGAAACGGAGCUGGCUGGCUGGCCGGGGGAUGGGAGGGAGGAGAGGGCCGCAACCGGGCCGGCACCCACCUAGCCACCUAGCCAGCCACUGGGCGGGAAACGGGAUCACUGACACCUUUAUUAUUAUAUAUAAUAUACUGACACCUUUAUUAUUAUAAUAUAUAUAUAUAUAAUAUACUGACACCUUUAUUAUAAUAUAUAAUAUACUGACACCUUUUUAUUAUAUAAUAUACUGGGUCCUUUAUUAUAAUAUAUAAUAUACUGACACCUUUUUAUUAUAUAAUAUACUGGGUCCUUUAUUAUAAUAUAUAAUAUACUGACACCUUUAUUAUAAUAUAUAAUAUACUGACACCUUUUUAUUAUAUAAUAUACUGGGUCCUUUAUUAUAAUAAUAUGUUGGGUCCUUUAUUAUAAUAAUAAUGUAUAAUAUUCUGGGUCCAUUAUUAUUAUUAUUAUUAAUAAUAAUAAUAAUAAUAAUAUAUAACAUACUGGGUUCUUUAUUAUAAUAUUAUGUAACAGACUGGCAUCUUUAUUAUAAUAUAACACACUGACUCCUUUUUAUUAUUACAAUAUAGCACACUGGCACCUUUUAUUAUAACAUACUGGGUCCUUUAUUAUAUUAUACUAUAUGACACACUGGCACCUUUUAUUUUAAUAUAACACAUCGGGACCUUUUAUUAUAAUAAAUUAUGUUAUAACACACCAUAAUCUUUUAUCAUAAUACAUUAUAUAACACACUGGCACCUUUAAUUAUUAUAUAUUAUAACACACUGGCACCUUUUGUUAUAUAUUACAUCGACACCAUAUAUUUAAAUUUAAAAUAUAUAGGUCCCACUGGCACCUUCUAUUAUAUUAAAUUAUAGCACACCGACUCCAUGCAUUAUAAGUCCUAUAUCCUACCAGCUCCAUAUAUUAUACCCACUGCCUCCUUCUAUUAUAUAUUGUGGCCGGCACCCUCUUAUCAUAUAACAUACCGGCUCUAUAUUAUAAUUCACUGGCUCCUUCUCCUAUAUUGUUUUAUAACACACUGGCUCCCUCUGGUGUAUAUGCUAAUAUAACACACUGCCCCUUCUGUAUUAUUGAUUAUACUAGAACACACCGACUCCCGUAUUACAUAUUAUACCAUAACAUACAACCUUCUGUAUUAUUUAUAAUACCAUAACACACCACCUCCUGUAUCAUUUAUUUUACUAUAACCCAAUUCCUGUAUUAUUUACUAUACUAUAACCCACUCACUCUUGUAUUCUUUAUUAUACUAUAACCUACCAACUCAUGUAUUAUAUGAUCACAUUGUACAGCACUGCAGAAUUUGUUAGCAAUUUAUAAAUCAUAAUAACACAAUGACUCCUGUAUAAUUUAUUAUACUAUAACCCACCGACUCCUGUAUAAUUUAUUAUACUAUAACACACCACCUCCUGUAUUAUGUUUAUACUAUAACCAUCUCCUGUAUUAUUUAUUAUACUAUAACAAACUGACUACCAGUGAUUUUUUAUUAUACUAUAACACACCGUUUGCCUCUGUUAUAUGUUAUACUAGAAAACACUGGCUCCCUCUAGAUUGUAAGCUGUUUUGAGUAGGUUCUUCGUCAAUCUAUUGUUCCUGUAAAUUUUUUUUAAUUUUCUCCUUUAUUGUUAAAUUUCCCACCUUAAAAUGUGAAGCACUGCGGGAUAUUUUGGCGCUAUAUAAAUUUCAUUAUAAUAAUGUAUUUGUACUAUAACCCACUGACUACUAUUAUAUAGUGUACUAUAAAAUAUUAAUAUUAACUCCUGUUUUAUGUCUUAUACUACAAACCUCCAGCUCCAUCUGUUUUAUACUAUAACACACAGGCUCCUUUUACUAUAUAUAAAGCGCCAACAAUUUCCGCAACGCUGUACUAUAGGUGGACUAACAAAAGUAUUUGCAACAAGAUGAGUUAGACGCACAGGAACAGCGUGUUGAGGACCCUGCUCAAACAAGUUACAUUAUAGAUAUUAUAGCCCUAUACUAUAUCACAUCAAUUGUAAAUAAUAUACAAUAACACACUGCCUUCCAGUAUUCUGUAUUAUACCAUAAUACACCGGCUUCUUGUAUUAUAUAAAUAGAUAGCAGAGUUUUAGUUGACUAUUUCGGAAGAAGCGCCUCUAGUGGCCUUAGAAGGAAAUCCACGUGAGGCAUUGAAACCCAGAACGGCAAUGUAUUUAAAUUGCAAGUUUUAAUCUGUAUUUCUAUCGGCUAUUUGUUGUGCUGUUACCACCAUAAGCAAAAAUUACCAAAUUAAAACCAGUAAUUCUUAGCUACGUGUAGCAGUGCUUUUUUUUAUUUUUUAUUUGUGAACACAAAGUGGUUCUUUCAUUUGCAUGCAUUAACAUUUUCUGAAGCAGAGUUUGUGUAUUUUAGCAGGAUAUAUUUAACUGACUGAUAUGUAGAAUAUUUCCUUUUUUUUAUGUUAUUGCUACCUUGUAUAAAUAAUACUCAUUAAAUUGUUUGUAAUAAAACUUACCCUUUUAAAGUACCUAUAGCUCCCCAUGAGCAAGAUGUCAACAGGAGCCUUUCAUUUUGAUCUUUGUCAUCUAAAUUUCUCUCUUACACCUCUGUCCAGUAGUUGUUUAUCCCCCCUCACACAGUUCCGUUUAUCACAGGUGUGAGGGGAACUGCUCUAUAAGCUAAUAGCAGUGCAGGUUCAGUUUGCACAUAGCCUGGUUCACAAAACUGAACCAAUUUAUGUAUAAACAUCUGCAUACAUAUGUCCAUGGUUCUCCUGGGGAGAAGAGAUGUCAGUCCCAACACAUGUCAUGUUGGACAGCUUGCACUUGGCAAAGGUGAUAAUUCAUUCUUUCACUUGUGAAAGGCAGGUUGGAAACUGCCUCCAUCAUAUUUUGUUAAACACUGUGAAUGGUAUUUUACAUGAGGAGUGUAAUUGAACAGCAAUUAAACAGUUAUCUAGGCUUUCCUGGUGUCACUUAAGGUUUUAUGUCAAACUGAUUGGGAACUAGGACCUUUCCUGGCACUUCUCGACAGCCCCUUCCUUAAACUCAUUGAUAAUGCAGAAUCCUACAUUGUUUGAUUUUUAAACUGGUGUUCCAAAGAAUAUUUGUUAUAAUGCACUGGCCUGCCCUGAUAGAACAAUAAGUGCAGGAUUGAGUAGAUUAUGACUCCAAAGGAACCCACCCUAUAAGCCAGCUAACGUGAGAGUUUUAACACUUUGCAGAUCAGUUGUUCUUAUGAGGUACCCCCCCCCAAAAGAAAAAGUUUAAAGUAACAUAUUUUUCCAUGUAUAAGACGAUUUUGUUUUUUUUCCUAAAAACAAGAUUUUGUUUAAAAUUGGGAGUUGUCUUAUACACAGAAUGUCACUGCAGGGGUUAAAAGCUCCUUUAAAAAUCCAAUUAUUAAGUCAAAUACUUAUGGUAUUUACUCAGCGCCGUUUGGGCACAAAACUUGGCUACUUGCUGACAGAACACUCCACUGAUUGUUGGGUUCGCUACUGCUAGGUUCCUGUGGUUAUUGCCUUUGUUGUACACCUCUGCGACCUGCUGACAUACUUUAAGCAGAGGAGGCACUUCUCAGUGAAUUUGAUCGAUUGUGUGCGCGGGUCUGGGAGAUCUCGCCCAACCACAUGCUUCCUCGCAUCACUCUGGACCACAUCAAAACCUUUAUGGCUUCAGACUACAGAUAGACGCCACCGGGUGUGACCUUGCUGGGACAUCCCCAGUAGGGUACCGCAGGCAGAGGGCAUCGUUGCUGCCAACACCAGGAACCAGUGUCCGGAUGUGGCCAGACCUCGGGGAGUGACCUAUCGGAAUGUGAGGGGACCCGGGACAGGUGGAGGUUCCUGAUCAACCAAACUGAACUUUAUUGCUAUUUAUGUUUAAAAUAUGUAUUUUUAAUUUUGGGCUCAAAAAAUAGUGAGCGUCUUAUACAUGGGGGCGUCUUAUACACAGAAAAAUACGGUAGUUUCCUGCACCAUCACAAAAUGAUUGCUUGUCAUCUGUUAGUCUCCUUAAAAAAGAGAAUGUCACAUUAGGCAUACAGUCACAAACUAAAAACAAUAUGGUUGCACAGCAGUUAACAAAUAGUUUAACCCCAAAGUUUUCUCUGCAGCACAGUUUUGCCCUGUUUUUUCCGCUUCUCUCAGAUUCUUCAAACAGGAAGCCUCAGACUGCCUUGGACAGGGGCACCACUGAAUGGCUUAAGAAACGUAUGUAUUUUUCUCUUGUUAUUUUUUUGAAUGGCGAGUUACUAAUUUGCUUAGAGCGUCACAUGACGUGCUCAGCCAAUCAGUACCGUCCCUGUCCGAGGUAUCUGAGUGAAGCGGAAGUACAGGCGCAGAGCUAAAUGACGCUGGAAAGAAAACUUUGGGGUUGAACUGUUCAUAAACAGUUUAACCCCUAAAGGUAAGUGAGUGCCAUGGACCUCAGGCACCAUAACAAGUUAUCAUAAAGUUGUUAUAGUGCCUGACGUAUUCCUUUAAUGCGAUCCAGCUAAUCGCCUCUGGAAAAACAAAAUCUUAGCAAUACCUUGCAUAAAAAUCACAGAUUAAUGUCAUGCAAAAGUUCAUAUUCUAGUCUGAAAUUAUUCCUUAGAAGUAGUAAAAUAUUGUCUUGCAGUAACAUUAAACUUCCAGGGUUUCAGGUUUUUUUUAAGAGAGAAUGGUAAUGGAUUAUAAGGAGUAAAUAGUGUUAAUAGUAUAUACUCCAGAAGCCAAAAUUAGAAAAAAGUAUGUACUGUACAGUUUCCGGUCACAAUAAAUUGUUAGCCCUCAAAACCAGCUUAUAGACCAUAAUAUGUAACAAACAAAUCACAGUAAUUUUUGUUGCUUUCCAUUAGGCAAUAGUGGUUAAUAGUCUCCAACGGUCCAGGGAAUGUGGUGGUGGUGUGAUGUAGUAGUGGAAAAUAGUUUCCAUUGCCAGUAAAAACAUUGUCUGUGAAUAAAAGUUGGUAAUUAUAGACACAAUCAAAGCAACAUAACCACUCGUGCUUGUUUUAGUGGUUACUCUGUAUAGAGCCAUGGCUUUCAACCAGUGUCUGUUUAGUAAGGCUGUAUAGGUUGAAUGCAGUCUUUAAAUUGUGUUUUCUAAUAAGUGUCAGCAGUCUGAUUGGGUUUCCAAUCUAGCAGUACAUUAAAUGUGAUAUUUAUAAGCUACUGAUCAUUGUAAAAGGAAGUAAUAGUAGGUGUACCUGAAAAUGUUUCUUUUAAUAAGAUGUUCAAUGGUUCCAAAAGGUUGAGAACUAUUGGAGUGGUCAGGUGCCAUCCUAACAUUAGGAACUGAGGCUCUUCCUGAUACCCGGACUUCUGCUUCCUCAACUGCAUUGGUCAUGCAAUAUUAAUUAACACUUGUGCAUUAUUAAUAUGUUUUGUCCAAACUGGUGACUUUGAAUGGAUUAGAGCACUGGUCUAACCUGCAGCCAGCACUCUCUACCUGUCACCACAGUCCAGUUUGGAAAAAUCUCCAGCCAAUGGGAAGAGGUUUGGUUUAUGUCAUAUCGUUCCUAAAUUGUUUGACAUAAAACUGAGAGGUCGGACCAGGAUACUUUAGGCAGUAUAGAAACUACAGCAAGUUGUUGUUUAUCUAACUUCACUGAUCAGAGCUUGCGCUGAGGGCAACACUUUAGUUUUUCUGUUCAGAAAGGAUUAAAUAAGAUGACAUUUAGAAAGCUCACAAUAGACUGUACAUGAUGCAUGGUUGGACCGUGCGAGGGCAGGGUUUAUGUCAGACAGAGGUGUUGAGAUCAGCGCCUGGAGCUUCACCUGACAAUGGAGUUCAGGUGAGUUUAACCUUUAUUAGUCAUUUGGGGGGGGGCUAUUAGUAAUUCCUAAUAGGGCAUCUUAAGUAAAAAAUAAAAUAAAACCAAAAUAAAAUGUAUUUUUAGGGUUGAGUAAUCCUUUUUAUAGACUGAAUGGGCAACUGUGGGUCUGCAAACUUGAUUCAGAUGAAUCUGUAGGCAAACAGUUAAUUUAAGUACAACAUCGUAUGAUACUGAAUGAGAUGUGCUCUUUCAGGUAAAAUAACUAAAUAUCAACUGGUCUGACCAUUUGUGAAUAUGAGACUUUGAAAUUCUGUAUUUGUAGUACAAUUUUGCUGAUCUGGACUAAAGCAUUCAUACUUUAGUGAAAUGGCAAUACAUACAUUUGAACAAACAAAUAUACCAGGUAGCCUUGUUGACUUCAAGGUUCCUCGUCAUGGUGGGUCCAUCUUGCAGCAUUUUCUUGUUUCCCAUGUAAUUUAUGGAGCAGUGGUGCAGGAUAAGUACGUUAUAAAGUACAGCACAACAAGCUGCGUUCUACAGAUUUUAUAUAUUUUAGUCUCAUUGCCAUUUGUACUGCUUAUUGGUUUAGUUCUGUGUUUUGAAUUGUAAUUGCCAUGUUGAAAGGACAUUAUUUGUAAUUGUACUUAACACUUUAGUAGAUUGUAGGUAUGUUUUAAAUGUUUGUGUUACAGUGCUGCAGAAUAUGUUGGCGCUAUAUAUAUAAUUUUAUAAUUGUCAUUUUUUCAUAGGGGUAUGUCUAAAAACACCUUGCACAAACUGCAGAUCUGCUGUCUGCAGCCUUUGUAAGCCCCCUUCUUCCCCAGUACAGACUUUCUAUGGCUGUCCAACAUUCAGUCUAUGCCAUGGAAAUGACCAAUCAGAGGCUUCUCACUGGCAAUCCUCUGAUACUGAGCACUCGGCUUUCUUCCAAAAUUUUCCAGGCCAAAAACAGGGCUUAAGUGGACUCUGUGGGAGCACAUGACCAGGCCCAAACUGGCCAUUGGGCAGAUCGGGCAAAUGCUCUGUGGGCCACAAUGGCUAUGGGCUGAGGCUGGCAGGAAUGAUCAGGAGAUCUCCUGUGCCUGCCCAUGCAGAGCCAGUGCUAUCCGAACAAAGGCCCUGCUGUGUGCCAUGACUGGCACCUAAGUGUGGCCGCCAGGAGAAAAUACUCAGGAGCUCUAACCAGGAACUCCAUCAGGCUCUUUAAUCUCACAAGGUUGGAACGUUGCCCCAAUUACCAUGGCAAUGCUCCGUUCUUGCGAGACUGACCUUAAGCCCCAUUUCACCACCAGGAAAAAGAUAAGUAAGGGAGGGUUGUUAUAAAGUGUGUGUGUGUAUAUGUAUGUGUGUGUGUAUAUAAUUUAUAUAUUUUAAUUAAUUUACAUUAAAAAUACAUAUAUUUGACUUGAUCUGCCCCCACUUACAUAAACAACUCCAAACACACACUAGAUUCCCUACACACACAUCGCAUUGGAGUGUUCCUUAAAGGCUUUACUUGGCUUGUGUCUGUUGGAUAUGAACAAGACAAUGAUAGGCUAUGACAUUGACAUCCAUAGUUGGAUAGAUUGCAGUGAAUUACCAGCAUUUCUUAUGCAGUUGCAAAGUGGACAAAUUUCUGGUGCUGUGGAGAGCCCCGCGGUUUGUCAAAUUGCUUGAAUGGUUUGACAAAACACUAUGGUAUCGUAAGCAAAUAUUCACAGCACUGUAACCACAACAGUGAGCUUGUACGAGUAAUGGUGUAUAGAGCGCUGCUUUUUAUACUUUAUUGUAUUUAAAAAAAAAAAAAAAAAAAAUUUUAUUCUUUAUUUUAAUUUUCUAUUGUUAUAACAAACAUUUUACAGAAAAAAGAGAGGGUUAUUGCAGGGUUAUUGUGUUGGAGAAGUAGUACAGAGGGAAAAGAAGAGGGGUCAGUUCAUAUUAUUCAUAACACAUGUAUGCAACCCCCAACACACUGCCUGUUAGAUUGCGUGCGUAUGUGACAGCAGGACAAACAUGAACCUUGGGUGGGGUCACCUUGUCGGUUCCACCUGAUGGGGGUGCCUCUGGAAAUAUUACCUGCUGUUCGUCAUUCUCCCCAACCCCUCCAGGCGGUCAAGGUGUGCUGGGUAUAGCUAAGAGCUAUUUGUAGUGGUGGUCUGAGUGCCCCAACCGCCUGGUGGCACGUUGGUGGUGCUGUUGAACCAGUGGUCCAGUCAGGUUUGCGUUUUUCGGUUUAAGUGUGUGUUGGACCCUAUGUACCUUAGUUGGGGUCAUGCGUCAGGGGUAGCGCCACGCGUCCUGUCAUGCGUGCACAUAGGGUGCAAAAGUGGUGGUUUCAUGGGGGUCAGUGUUCUGGGUGUCAGUCGGAGGGCGCAUCCUUUGUUUGCAUGGCCUGGGCCCGGGCUCGGGCUCCCGUCUCCUUUUGGGGGGUCGCUAUGUGGGUGUGAUUGUAGUGGGGGAUUAUGAGCAGCUAACGGGUUUCUGCGCAUGUCCUCACUCCCCUCCAUUUGGGUUGAUAGGUCUAUUGUUAUGGGUCAUUACCAUGGUAGGGUUUUGUCUCCUACUAGCCAGGGGUCCCAAAUUUUGUGGAACUGUUUAGGUGUAUCGUGUAGUUGUGAGGUGAGUUUGUCCAUUUGUAAGCUGUCCUUUAUUUUCCUUUUUAUGGUAUCCUCUGUUGGUUACACAGAGUGUGGACCAGACUUAUGCUAUUGCACUGCGCGUUGCUAGGGCAAUGCGAGCAACCAGUAUGUUCUCUGCUCUGGUGAAAGUCUCUAUGGAUUUUGAGAGUAAGAAGGUCCAGGGGUCAGAUGGGCAGGGUUUGCCCAUCAGUUUGGUUAUUAGUCUUGUGACUCCCUGCCAGAGGGGUUUAAGUUUUGGGCAGGUCCACCAGCAGUGUAGGAAUGUUCCCGUCUCUCCACAUUGUUUCCAGUAGGUGUUAGAGGCGCUGCGGUGUAUGAUGCCGAGGCUGUGUGGUGUUAGGUACCAGUGGAACAGCAUCUUAUAGGCUUGUUCCGCGUGUGUGAUGCAGAUUGAUAUGCAGAUCCCAUAUGUCCGCCCAGUUAUAUGUAUCUUCAGGGGGUCCCAGGUCUGCUUCCCACGCUGCUAUGUAAGGAAAUGUGAUUUGGGUACGGUGGGUUGCUAUGAUUAUUUGUCCCUUCCUGGAGGGGUGUGUUAUGCAGUCUUGUUCGAAUCGGAUGAGCUGAGCUGUUCCAGCUUGUUUUAUUAUUGGGGUAGAGGCGAAACUGCGUAACUGUAUAUCUGAAGUGAUCAAAGGUAGUUAGGGAGGCUGAAUCUUUGAUGUCCGUGAAUUGAAUGAUCGCGUUGUUGUGGUACAGAUGGCUUACUCUCGUUAUGUCCCUUUGUUCGAAGCGGGCAAAGUGUUUUGGGGUAAGGCCUAGUUGGGAAUAGCUUCUUCCUCCAGAUUGGGGUCAUGGGGGAGAGUUCAAAUUUGCCUUGUAAUCUAUCCCAUAAAUCUAGUUGGUGUGAUCACGUGUGGUUUGGGUGCCCACAUAUAUAGGGAUGGGUGAUCCCAGCCGAAUAACAGGUGUUCUAGAUCCACCCAUCUUUUUUGUGUGGCAGGUUGUGCCAUUGUAUUUUUUUUUUUUUUUUUUUAUCAAAACAUUAAUAUGAAUUAUUGAAGCAUUGUUAUUACAAAGGAUUCACUCCUGUGGUUAAUUUAUAAUAAUUAUUGUUGUGUUUGAUUUAGAUGUCCUUGGUAGACUUGGGAAAGAAGCUUUUAGAAGCUGCACGUGCUGGUCUAGAUGAUGAAGUUCGUAUCCUGAUGGCAAAUGGGGCCCCAUUUACUACAGAUUGGGUAAUUAUUUCUGUUCAUUGUUUUUAAAUACUGUUGUAAUAUAAAAUGAAAAUGUUUAAAGCAGCACUAUCUUAUUUUAUAUGGUUUUCACCUUAUUUGUCUGUCACUUUUCUUAUCUACUGACAUUUUCAUAUACUUCAUUAAAAAAACCUACGUUGUUUAAAAACUUUGAGACUAUUUAUUAUAUGAAAAAGCAUCUUGAGUUGUCUGUUGCCAUUUAAGCUCUGCUCGCUGUCAAACAUUACACUGCCCAAAUGUUAUACAUGUUUUUUUUUCUUAUGUAUAGGUAAGGUGAAUUAAAAUAAAACCAAGGGGAAAUAGAAUGUCAAAAAUUAUAUAUUUAUAAACAAAACCUGCAAAGUGGUUGCCCCUUUGUCUCUCUCUACUUUCUCCCCCUUCAGGAACCUUUUUGUCCCAUUUUACUAGUUUGCAUUGCUUCCCACCAGUUUGCCUUCAUUUGCUAAUCCGUUUCAAACAGCCAGCUUCAAUCUAGUCUGAUUCCAUUUUAUUAGCUAUUUUAGCUGUUUGCUUUGAUCAUUUGAGGAUUACUAAUUUUGUGUUCCCUGGAGAAAAGCACCAAAUAAGCUUUGCAAACUAGAUACAAUAAACUCUGAUUAUAUAUUGCCUUUCUCUUCCAUAGUCCCGAAAUGCUUUGUGCAUUCAUGUGCUGGGCAUACAUUGUUCUUUGCAUAUACUGUAAUGGGCUGCAUGCUGAGAAUCUUGGGAAAUCUGGAUUUUUUUGAUUUAAAGUGGUUUUCCAAAACUACUAUUUUUACUUUGAAUUUUAAAUUUACUUUCAAUUCUCACUUUAGUGAAUAACCCUGCUAGUAUUAAAAGUACUGUGAAAUGGAGAAGUGUUCACUGUUUGUAUUAUUUACAGUUGGGAACAUCCCCACUCCAUUUAGCAGCUCAAUAUGGUCACUAUUCCACAACUGAAGUUCUCCUUCGAGCUGGAGUCAGCAGAGAUGCAAGAACAAAAGUGGACAGGACUCCACUGCACAUGGCAGCUUCAGAGGGACAUGCAAGCAUAGUAGAAGUGCUAAUUAAGGUGAAUCAUUUUUAAUUAUGCUACAGGAAUAUUUUAUUUCUUGCUGGUAUAUUUUAUGUAUAGAAAUAAAUGAUGUAUAUCGCACUAGCUUGGGGACUAAUUCUUUAUUUGGACCAAGUGUGACAUGGUUAACAUUAAAAAAUUUUGUUUUGCAAAUUACCUUUAUUAGAUUUUUACUGGUAUGAUAUGGGUCUCUUUGCCAAUAAGAAAGAUAUAGCAGCUACAGGAAAUAACUUGCCUUUGGUAGUUGCCUAGGUGUUGAUGAAUAUGGUAUAGCAGCACAGAGGGGCUGCUGGGGAAUAUCUUUUACAAUUAAACCAUUAAAAUGUUUUGACACUAAAUGGAAGGACAUCUCCAGUGAACUCCAGACACUAUAACCACUUCAAUAAUAUGCAGCAGGUAAAGUGCCUUCAGUGUCCAUUUAAGAAUCACUGUAUUGGGCAAUGGUGUGAUUACAAUACCAUCAAGAUGCUCCUCACUUGCAUUACAGAACCCUGUAAUAGUCACUGCCGUAGUAUGAGUAUAUUACAUUUUAAUUUUAGUUCUCGUCUUCAUCUGGAAAUUGUUAUUCAAUUAUAUAUUUUAUACCAAGCAUUAGAUGGUAGAGCUGCUAAUACCUUACUUUUUUUCGGUUUCUUAUUUUUCCUCACAAGUGGACAAGGGUGUGAUACAUUUAGUUUGUCUAUAGGCCAGGGAUCGUCAAAUCUCAGGCACCAGGUUGUCAUGGCGACUAGGAAUUCUGUAUUUGCACCUGGGACUUGUGAACCCAUUCACUCUGAGGCGGGCAGCUGAAGGAGAAUGCUGGUUCAGGCAUUGGUACUUUAGUGGCUAAUCUCAGUAGUAUAGGUGUAUAAAAAUCCUUAAAGGGUCAUGGGAAAUGUGGAUCAACAAGUGACCCGUUACUGUGCUUUAAGCUACACAACAUGAUUUUUGCUGGUUUUGUGACACGGAAUGGAGAGGGUCAAGAGCUUAAAGUAAUACUUACUUGUACAGCAUUCUGUAAUUUUUGUAACGUUUAUGGUUCUUAAUUUGAUCACUCAAUAUCAAUUUCUGAUCCAAGCAUAACAUUUAUAUUUAUCAGUCAAAGAGCAGUGACUUCCACAAAUGCUUCAAUAGGCACGUUAAGUGUUUUGUCAGAACUGUAUGUUUAAUUUGUACAUGGCUGGUUGAGCAAAUGGUACUUAAAAUGCUUCUUCUUGUAUGUGUCUGUAAUUGCAUAUACCUGUAGCAUGGUGCUGACAUCAAUGCCAAAGACAUGCUGAAGAUGACCGCUCUGCAUUGGGCAACUGAACACAAUCAUCAAGAAGUUGUGGAACUAUUAAUUAAAUAUGGGGCAGAUGUGCAUACCCAAAGUAAGUUCUGCAAAACUGCAUUUGAUAUCUCAAUGGAUAAUGGAAACGAGGACCUUGCAGAAAUCCUACAGGUAAUUAUAACUCCAAACAUAAAAGUGGAUAUCUGUUUGGGAAAGUUAAUACUAACAGUUUUAACAGUUAUUUAUUUUAUUAAGCAUCAGUGCUGUCUGGCAUUACAAUAUAAUAGUGGCUUCAAAUGUCUUAUCAAGUAGUGUCCCUAAUGCAUGGUCUGUAUUGUUUGCCCCAGUGCAGUAACACCAAUGGUUUACUUCCAUAUAAAGCAAAUGAAAAUGUCAACAUUCAUUGUUUUAAUGAAAAAUCUCCAAAUGGUAUUAGAUAUAUUUAGCAAACUAAGAGAACACCUAUAAACUAUACUGUCUUGAAACUGUUUCAUUAAGACACUAUUUAGCUAAGAAAUGUGCAGUAUGGUAAUACACAGUCUUUCAAAUGCUGCCAAUAAAAAAAAUAAAAAAAUAUAAUAUAAUAUAUAUAUAUAUAUAUAUAUAUAUAUAUAUAUAUAUAUAUAUAUAUAUAUAUAUAUAUAUAUAUAUAUAUAUAUAUAUAUAAAUAUGAAUUAUUACCUUUCUGUGUUUCCUUUGCUUGUUUUGUUGUUUUUACUUUUAAGGUUUCUUACAUUUUUAACCUUACUGUCUUUCUGUUGGUAUUUGCAUGCAUACAACCCCAUUGCUUUUUGAAGCUGGCAGUCUCUAAAAAAUACCUUUAUUACAGCACCAGGUCAGGGUCAUUGUUGAAGUCACAUUGUUGACUGCUUUUGUCCAAUCCAGUUCUUCUCAUAGAGAAGCAUUUGCAGCAUAGGACACAUGCUGCAAUCAACACCCUAUGCCAAUUAAAUAUUUUUAUAGAAAGGCACUGCAUUAAGUGCUUCUCUGUUAUAAGCAUUAGAUGCAUUUGGGGUCAUCAUGUUGGGUGUGGUGAUGCUGAACAUGAAGACAUUUGAUUUUCAAAGGUUUUAAAUAGGGAAAAAUUCCUAUUAGCUGUAAGUAUAACCGCUACUGUAGGUGUGGUUUUGGACAAAUGUAAGCUUUGCUGUUUCUCAGAUAUGAUUUGCUUUGCACAACCAAACUAAGGCCUCGGUUUAACAAGCUUGUCAAGGCCAAAGUUAUCUAUAGGGGUAAAUUUUUAUUUAUUUUUAUUUUUAUUAAGUUUUAAGAUCUUUGUCAUAAUGCUUGUCUAUUUGUGUGUCGAGACUGGGUAUGACUGCAGAAGUCAUGAAUGAUUACAGCGCAGUGAAAAGGGAAAACUUAUGCAUGGGACAAGGUUUCUUGAAUGGGAAAGUGAAUAGCUAAAGGUAACAUGGAGAGUUGAGGAAAUAUGAAUGUGAGGGAUAUCUGUGUAUUGUAUUAUAAUAUAAAGAUAAGUCCUUUCAAUGUGCACCACGUUGGCAUAAUAAAUCACCCCCCAAACCUUUUUUUUUUUUUAAACCUAAUGUCAUUUACUGUUGUCUGUUCUGCAAAUCCUCAACAAUUUGUUUUCUUCUUGUAAACAGUAAAUACUUAAAAUGCAGCACUCCAGAAGAACCAAAUUAUUAAUUGCUAAGAUUCUAAAUAGAUAAUCACGAACAGCAGAUUCUUUCUCUCAGCGAAGACAAAGGUGAAAUCAAGCUGAGCAUGCAACAUUUGCACAGAAAAUCUAGCACAGGCAACCUAGAACUCUUGUUAUGGGCUGCCGGAAUUACAGCUCUUUGGCCUGAAACAUUUUUUGGGGAAAAAUCUGGAAAACUGCAGCUCUAAAUCACUAUCCAGCUGAGAGUGGCUGUUUGGUACUCUGUGCACCAUCAACCUUGCAAUUAUACAAAGUGGCGAUGGUGCUUAGACUGACCCUUUUUAAUAUUUUGUGCUAAUACAUGUAUAUUUCUCAAUUUUAUGUUUCUAGUAACUGAAAUGUAAUGUGUUUUUUUGUUUUUUGUUUUUAGAUUGCAAUGCAAAACCAAAUUAAUACAAAUCCAGAAAGUCCUGACACUGUGACAAUACAUACAGCUACACCACAAUUUUUUAUCGGCCCUGGAGGAGUAGUAAACCUAACUGGUGAGCAAAAAGCCAUUUUUUUUAUGUUAAAAGGAAAGAGUGUUUAUGACCAGCAUUACAUGCAGCAUAACUUAAAAUGUUUCUUCUAGAUUGUGUACUUACUGAAAAAUAAAUAUGUGAAUAGAUACAAAACAGAGUAGCCUAACGUAAUGCAGUGCUGCCAUAAUUUUAAUGUUAUUUGGAUUGAAACACAAUUCUUUUUAGAGGUCCUCUUUCUCCAAUAGAAAUUUAGCUUCUGGUUAUGAAUGUAUUUAGUUGGGUUCUCCGUUGCCUACUUUAGUUAAUGCUUAUUUCAUUUCAGAGUAUGUGUGGAUUUACUCCAUAUUGCUUUUUUAACAAAUAGUGAAAACUAUAAAAUAUUCUUUUUGUUAUCAGAUGACAAUGGAGUUGCAUCUACAGUACAGUUUGGAAACUCCUCAACAUCAGUUUUGGCUACAUUGGCAGCCUUAGCUGAAGCCUCUGCUCCUUUGUCCAAUUCAUCAGAAACACCAGGUUGGUAUACACCUUUUCAGUAGACAUAUGUUUUCUUGGCAUAGAGUAGACAAUAAUUCCUUUCAGGGAAAGAAUGUUAAGAAAAGCAGAAGAAUCUAUAUGGUCUCCUCCUAAAACUGAAUGAAGCAGUUGAUGGGAGAUUCCACAGCAUUCUAAUUGUUAAAAAAGGCAGUUUGACUUUUUGCAGUUUCACUGUAUUGUGGAAUGUGAGAGACCUAAUUUAACUUCAGAUCCCAUCAUCAUUUUGCCCAAAAAAAGAGGAUCAGUGCCAUUGUCAGUGAUAUAUCUAAAUGCUUAUUCUUUUCAGCUAGAUCCUCCAGAAAAUGUGCCCAAUCCUAUGGUUAUGACAUUGUUUAUUAUCCUUCACUGUAACAUUAUCUUACUCAAGUGACAGAUAAGUUUUAAAUCUUCUUAAUGGCAUUUGAAGAGUAAAUUACUUUCAUGCAAAAUUCUAUUUUUCUAGGUGUGAGUCUUGUAUCUUCCCUUUUGCAAUAGAAGAUGCAUAUACAGGGUUCUUAACUAAAGUGAGAAUGCAGGGUGGAUUUCAGAUUUGAGGUCAAAAUGGCCAAACUGGAAACAUUCUUUAAACCAGCUAUGCUUUCAGUUUGGCUAUUCUGGCCUUAAACAAAAAAAUUCUUUGAAUUCAGUUUGUAUUUCACUUUAGUGCAUAAUCCUGAUAGUUUGCCUUGUUAAUUGUUUGAUUUAAGCUAAGAAUAUGCUGAAAAGUGUUUUACUUUAUUUUAAGUCUGAACCAAAAAAUAAUGAAUAUUACAGGUUCUGUAGGGCAUAGUUUUCCAGUCUGUGUUUUUUGUUUGUGCUAGUCGUGACAUCGAACUAAAAUAUAUAUAUUUUGUGUUUUCCUAGAGUUAAAAAAAAAAAAAUGUCUUUUAUUAAGAGAAUAUUUGGCUUUUCAAAAUAAUGGUGUAAUUAAUUGUAAAGAUGAAAGCUUAAAUUAUAGUAGAAUAUGUCUGAUCCUAGAUUCCAGUCAUGACGCAAAGGCAGACAUUUUAUAUUCACUCUAGAUACAAAAAGCUUCCACUAUCCAGACAAAAUCACAAAAAAAUAUCAAAGACUACAUACUGGCGAGGGUUGAGUAGUUUGUCUUUGUUGUAGUAAAUUGCAGCAAAAAGUGGCUGCUGGCUUUCAGUAAUAUUUAAUGAAGACCAUUUCAUUCUUAAAUUAUUUUAAGUGUAUUAUACAGCAUCUAGCAUUUGACUAAAAUUACAUUUUCCUGGUGAAAUUAUUACCCAUGUUGUUCUUAAAAUAAAAUAUUUGCACAUUUUACGUAUUUAUGAUGUCAAGUUUUGAUGUCUUUCAUGAUAAAGCUACAGCUUACAUUAAUAUCAAAUAAAAUAUAUCUGCUGUCUCUCUUGUUAAUUUCUGUUUUAAUAAUUUAAAAUAGUUUCAUUUAAUCUUUGGUCAGAGAGAAAUAUUUAAUCAUAAAUAUUAUAUGAUUACAUUGUAUAUGUUAAACAAAACAGUGCUUCUAUGCCAGACCUAUUUUAUGCAACAGGUUAACCAUUUAAAUGUACAUUACAAGCACCAUAACCACUAACCAGGAGUGCCAUGGCACCCCCACAUAUGGGGAGAGGACACAAUGUAAGAAACUGUUAGUUUGAAUAUUACAUUUGAGGGCUGUAGGGCACCAGAACCACUACACUGCUCUUAAAUGGUUAACAUCAUCGUAAUUUAAUCACUCUGGGACAUUAGAUGGUGGUGUAGGUUGUUUAGGGAUUAGAGUGUAAUGAUGGCAAAGUGUAACAUGUGAUGUGUAAAAUGGUUUAAAUAAAAACAGGGUACUGUAAAUCUGAGGAAUACUCCGUUCCGAUUGAUGUUUAGACCCAAGUUUUUUUGUGUUUUUUUUUUUUUUAUUUUUUUUUUUAUUGAAGGUAAAGUAACAGUAACUUACAAAAAAAAUCAUCUGUUUUUGCUGUCCGGUUGAAAACCUAAUAACAUCACCAAUAACCUUCUGGAAGUUCCUUGAGUAAAGACUUGUCUCUGAGAAUUAUCUUUAAACAAUGUCUUCUAUUAUUUCUUUAGACAUAAUUUUUUUUUUUUAGCAUAUUAUAAACCUUAUUCAAGAAACUAUUUAUUUGUUUCGAUUAAUUAACUCCCAUUAUAUCUUUGUUUCUUGCUAGUAGUGGCCACUGAAGAAGUGGUAACUGCAGAGUCAGUAGAUGGGGCGAUCCAGCAAGUUGUAAGCUCUGGAGGGCAGCAGGUUAUUACUAUAGUGACAGACGGCAUCCAUCUUGGAAAUCUCCAAACUGCUAUCCCAACCAGUGGUAUAGGUCAACCAAUUAUAGUCACAAUGCCAGAUGGUCAGCAGGGUAAGUAUGUUUUUCAAUGUUAAUGGACUUAAUAUUUCCUGCUUUGUAAAAUUAAUGUCUAAGAAAAAAAAAAUGGAUACUGCUGAUCAAUAUGCAACGUAUGUGUUGUGUUUUGGAGUUAUCAAUCCAAUUUAGCAUAUUGAUAUUCUAAUAAAUUAUUAAUGACUUUGUUAUUGAAACAAAAAACAAUCAGGGGUUGCUGGGAUCAUCAAGUAACAGGGCAGUGUAAGAUACUCUGGCCUGUCCUCUUUAAAAUUAAAAUGUAUGUGCAUAAUUUGCCUUUUACCCUAUAAAAUGCCUAAAGAAUUUUAUUUAUUAUGACAAGGUGUAACCCUGACCAGGUGUAAUUUACCACUAUAAUGUCUUAAAGAAUAGAAUUAAGCAUGGCAUACCGUACAUAUAUCUUGGCUAUAAUAUAUAGUUAGUAAGAGUUUGUCUGUUUAGCCCCUUAAGGACCAAAGUUCUGGAAUAAAAUGGAAUCAUGACAUGUCACACAUGUCUUGUGUCCUUAAGGGGUUAAAAUAUAUAAAUACAAUAAAACAUAGGGAUUGUUUUGGAAACAAUAACAUUUUGCCUUUUAAUAUAUUUUUUUUAAAUAUGAAUAAAUAUAGACCUAUAAACACUUAAAAAUACAUUCUAAAAAUGUACAGCAGAGUUUAUAUGAUUAAAGUAUAUGGUUGCAAUAUCAGAAAAUAGAACAUGUCAAUGUCUCGGUCUUGUCAGAUGCAGCAGCAUCAAUUCUCCUCUCUCUGACUAAUAUUAAUAAAUACACAUAGUUUUAACUUAGAUUUUCAAUUAGGUCAUGUUAGGAAAACAAAUCUAACUUAACGUUGCAAAGUGAUGAGGCCAUGACUGAUAAAAAUGUUCCCAUGUCACUUAAUAGUCUAUUGUCAUGACCCAGACAUCCUAAUCUAUGUUGGACUAAAACUUAAGGGACACUAUAUAGUAACUAGAACAACUACAGCUUAUUGUAUUUGUUCUAGUUUAAUCAUUCCAUCCAUGCUUUUUAAGUAUAUAUUUUUUUCAGAAUAUGCAGUGUUUACAUUAUAGCCUAGAGAUACCACCAUUGGUCACUCCACUUAUGGCUACUAGAGGUGCUUCCUGGGGCAGUGCUGCACACUGUGCAGCAUUGACAUUCAGUUUCUCCACCCUAUGCAUGUAGACCUUGGACUUUUCUCAUAGACCUGCAUUGAUUCAAUGCAACUCUUUGAGGAGAUGCUAAUUGUAGAUUAUGCUAGCUUUAGUGUACCUAUAAUCUUAAUUUUAUUAAUGACAGGAGGCUUCGUAUUUGAUUAAGUCUCUCUUUACUAGAACUCCACAGCAGCACAGAAAAACAACCAAUCAGAAAAAGUUAGGUACUAUAAAACUCCCCUCCACAUGCAUCAUUUCCUCUUUCAAGCUGCGACAAAACAGAACAAAAGGCAGAAAAUAUAAUGGGGAAGAAACAAAGUCCUAGAUACAAUGAAUACAACAACGUCCACCAUCCGAGAAGAACUGUCAAACCAGAUAGCGCUGAUGGACUAUAAACUGAAACGAGAGAAAAAACAGAAUCUAACAGGUUGGUUAGCCAAUGAAAUGUACUCUGAACAAACAUGUAGGUACCCUAUGUAGCAACCAAAAUUACCAUAGCCUGCAUAGAUCCCAACCCUACUAUGACAAAACAGACAUAAAACCAAGUGACUGGUAGCAGAGACAACAAGCAGAGUUGCAUAUGUAUCUGAUGAACCCAAACUAUUAAUUUAAACAAGGGAGGGAUAAGAAUGGACGGGAAAUACUCGCCUCCUGUCAUUAAUAAAAUUAAGAUUAUAGGUACACUAAAGCUAGCAUAAUUCUGUGAGGAAAUAGAAUAUAGAAGGAGGACCCUCCAAAUCCGACUCACGUUCUCCAGAAUUUGUUCUCAGAUGAGUAGCGGCAGACAUGUCAUCUUAUCUCAAGAGAGUUAAUGACCAGGGAACCCAAGUCGACCGAGGAAUCCCGUCUUUCCACGCUUUCCAUGUGUACGGUGCACUUGCAAACUGGGUUGUGGGUAUUCCCUAGUCUUGUUACCUGAGUACGGCAGUGUGUGUUUGCUCUCUGAAGGCCUCAGGAUCUCUUGUCACCUUGACAUGGGAAAAACUGUCAGCGCAGUUUGUUUGCAAUGGUCUGUGUAACCUAAACAAAGUGCGAUAGCAUGCUUGCUAUAGCGUCGAUUAUACCGAAACCUGCACUGAGGCUCAUCCGUUAGGCGUACCGUCUCCAGGAGUACAUCCAAAAGGACUGGUGUAGGGUCACUAACAAAAUGGGUCAAUCCUGGGAGCUGAACCAAGAUGACCAGGACAUACAGCCCCUAUACUGUCCCCUAAAGUCUCCGGGGUGUGUGUGAACACGCGGGGAAUCUCCCCCCGUAGUACCUCAUAGAGUAUUUCUCGUGUGGCGAUAUAGUGGCCCAGAUUCAGUAGAUCCAUUAUAGAAGGUGAAAUGGAGGAAUCCAGUUUAAACAUGUAUACCUUGCAUGAUCAGGCCGCCCUCAGUAACGAAAUCUGUAGCACUGUCGUUUGAUCUAGUGGAGGGAUUCUCUCCCUUUGUCCAGCUGGUAUGAAGCAUCUUCUCCCUUGCAUACCGGUGCGGUACUAUACCUCUGUACCAGAGCUGAAGUCUCAGCGGUAAGGUAGGGACCUCCAUAUUGUAUGGAAUGUAGGAGGGACACCCCUCUAUGCUGUCCUCGUUGCCCUGCACUGAAAAAUAGGUGACACCGUAGUGCGUUGAGUGUAUGAGAGAGAGCCGCAAUCUCUAAUAAAUGUGACCGAACUCCGUGUCAGCAUCUAGCUUAUAGCCUGAGCGGGCCGCACCCGUUAAAAACAAAAUUUAGAAUCUACAUCCGUGUCCGGAUUCUUCUAUGAGAUUGUGACACACUCAAAACAAGUCCUCUGUAUCCCUCUCCGUGUCGGGCAGAGGUUGAGGGAGGACCGUGCCCUCUAAUAAGGAAUCCUUGUCCGGUUUCGUAUAUGAGAGAGGUUUGCUCUCUACUCGUGUAAAUAAAAUUUCAGUCUCGGGCAGAGGCAAUGGAGGGCCGCACCCUCUUGUAAUCCAAACUAGAGUCCAUAUCAGAUUCAGGGUGACCAACUGUGGGGCUCCACAAUUUAAUAUCAGUGUACAACUGAGGUCCAGAGGGGGUCCCUCUCUGACCACGAGACCUCUCUCUGAAUCAUUCACCUGAGAGGUGGGAUCAACUGGUAGUAACCCAGAACGCUGGUAGACGGAGUAGUACACAAACUUCGGGCCAUGCCACUCUACAAUAACAGAAAGGGGUGAUGCGAGAAUGCAACCUCUGGAAACGAUGAUGGAAUCUAUCAAUGGACCGCUCGGAUCCCGUGCGCGUGCACGGGGUCCCGGAUGACCGCCAGCAGUCUAAGGAAAGCUGGUGACGUUCUCUGCGAUCCACAAGAGCUCGGGAGGUCUGAGGAGGUCAACUCAGGCCUCUCGACGACCAGAGCAAUAGGAAAAGGAAAGGUACGAAAAAAGAAACGAUAAUAAUAGUGUAGAUAAAGGUAAAUACAUACCUCGGAGAGAAUAUGCAAACAGUAGACCAGAAGAGCAAGUCCAGUAAACCCCUGCAAAGGGCCAGAGGUUAAACAUGACGCAGGGAUAACUACCGAUACCUAAGAUGGAUACCGGAAGGCAGCUAAAUGGUUAGUUGCUAAGGGCAAGGAAACACCGUGCCCCCCCUCUUGGCGUCUGAGCACUGGUCACUGCCUGUGCGAAAUUUCUCCUUGGAGAUGUGCCGCCAUUGGGUUGGUGUAAACCGUGGUUGCGUGCUCGAGAACCAUUAUAAAAGCCUCGACUUUUAGGGCAUGAGGUUUUAGGGCCUUCACCCUUCCAAUCAUACUCAGGUGCUCGUAUACCGGUGUCUUCCUGGAUAGUAUGGCAGCAGUGCUUGCCUGGACACCUAGCCAUCUCCAUGUCAAUAGUGUGCACUGGGCUUCCUCAGUGCUAUAUUCCCAGGCCUGCAGCCAAAGGAGAAUUCAGGCCCAGAUAGAUCAGGCCAACAAUGAGCACAUAUGUAGCAGGCCAAUCCAUGGGGCACAUACGUAGCAGGCCAAUCCAUGGGGCACAUACGUAGCAGGCCAAUCAUAAGGGCGCAGACAGAGCCGGCCAUACACAGGAGUUGUGUUCUGACCGCUGCAAGGGCCAAUCUGCGUAGAACAAGUCGUGUGUGUGUGUGUGUGUGUGUAUAUAUAUGUGUGUAUAUAUAUAUAUAUAUAUAUAUAUAUAUAUAUAUAUGUAUAUGUGUAUGUAAUAUAUAGGGAAUUGUAUAUCUGUAAUACUAUACAGUAAUGUGCUGCAGGAACCUCAGAGCAGUACAUGGUGUACUACCUAUGGGCUGUUCUUCAGCCCAGUAAAAAUAUACUGUGUGUGUGUGUGUAUGUAUAUGUAUGUAUGUAUAUGUAUAUAUGUGUGUAUAUGUGUAUAUAUAUAUAUAUAUAUAUAUAUAUAUAUAUAUAUUCUCAGAAAAUUGUAACUUAGCAUCCUUUUAUUGAAGGUUCAAGCUCAUAGCUGCAAUCAGACCAACUAAUCUGACAUGCAGCUAAAGGCAUGUAUACAGCUCCAUGUGCAGAUAGAUGAACACUGAGCUAGGUGUAGGCAGACCUCCAACAAGUAAUGUACUGACGGGGGAGGGGUUGCGAGCGGUCGCAUUCUCCCCCAGUCGUCCUCUCCCCCGCCCCGUCAGACACACGCGGGCGGAGGCAGCCACAUGGAAGAAAAAAGAUCAGGCCGCCGGGUACUCGUGCGCGCACGCGAGUACCCCCCUCGACCGGAAAAGCACAUGGGACCGCCAGAGAAGAACUCCGCAGUCCCGGAUCUCGGGGAUCGAAGGAGGCAGAUGCAGUCAGCCUCCUGAAACCCCCGAGCGGCACACACACCGCCAGGCAAAGGCGGAAGGCACACAACAUGAAAAAACGGGUAUAACAAUGGGAAAUGGACAGGGGGUGGGCACAAGUCCAAUGAAAAGACCGCAAGGACCCCAAAGACCCGCCUUAAAUCCACACAAAUAUAGGAAAGUCCAGUGAGAGUCUAAAGUUACAGGCACUAAGAAAAUCCCACAAAAAUAUAUAACACAGCAUUAUUGGAAUAAAAUCCCAUAAGGGCAUAAACAAUAUUGAAUACAUAAGAAUAAAAUCUCACAAGUGUAAAAUAAAUUACUGAAUAUAAGAUUAAAUCCCACAAGGGCAAUCUAUAAUAUAGAAGAUAAAAUACUGAAAAUAUAAGACUAAAUCUCACAAGGACAAUAUAAAAUAUUGAGUAUAAGCAAUAAAAUCCCAAAGCCACCCACUAAGAGCAGGAGGCAGCGGUACACUGACCUGUACUGACUGCAGAGCAGUAGUGAUGUCGCGAACUUGCCGUGAACGGUUCGCUGCGGUUCGCCACGAACUCCGGUCAACUGACACAUCCCUGCCAAUCUCCGGCAGACCCUCCCUCCCAGACCCUCCUACUUCCUGGACAGCAUCCAUGUUGAAGGCAGCGAACGGUUCGCGGCAAGUUCGCGACAUUACUACAGAGCAGCAAAGAAAGAGGAAAUGAUGCAUGCGGAGGGGUGUUUUAUAGUACCUAACUUUUUCUGAUUGGUUGUUUUUCUGUGCUGCUGUGGAGUUCUAGUAAAGAGAGACUUAAGCAAAUACGAAGCCUCCUGUCAUGUUAUAAAAUUGGACAGGGCUGUGUUUGGCUUUUGCUGGCUCUGCCCCUGAUCUGCCUCUGUGACAUUCAAAGCCAAUCACGAUGCUUUCCCAUAGGGAUGCAUUGCAUUGGCUGAGACUAACACUUCUGAUGAUGUCAGCCAAGCAGGAAGAUCAGGUUUAAGGUAGGACAUGAAGCAGGUAAAGCAUUGACUUGGUGUCACAUUAACCUAGGACAAGAUGGUGUCUAAACAUCUAAUGCACUGAAUAGGGGGUAAGAGUUAAUUUAUUAAAGAAACAUUGUAUGAAAAACAAUAUUUUCUGUUUCUGACAUCUUGUCAGUUUUCAAAAUUCCUUAAAGACAAAGUACACAGUUUAAGAAAUACAACACUUCAUUCUAAAAAACGUGUAAUAUUUGCAUAUUCCAAUAACACAGGUGUCUGCAUGAUGUGUUGGUCUAAAUUUAAUGUGCAUGUUUUGUUUUUUUUUGUUCUUUUUUUUUGAAUUUGGCUUUAAUCUAGUGUUGACUGUACCAGCCACUGAUAUUGCAGAAGAAACUGUGAUUAGUGAAGAGCCUCCUGCCAAAAGGCAGUGUAUUGAAAUAAUUGAAAAUCGUGUUGAAUCUGCAGAAAUUGAGGUAAUUACGACUAUUACUACACCAUACUCAGAUGCAUUUAUAAUACAAAAUGUAUGUAUAUUACAUAUCAUUACAUUAUAUCUCUUAAAAUCAUCCUCCAACAAUUGUAAUUGACUGCAAAGGUGUAUAUAUGUGUUUUUUGUUUUGUUUUUUUUUUCUUUUUCCGAAACACAUUCAUUAAUAUUAUUAUAAUUAUUAUUAUUAUUGAAUCUGUAGCAUUGUCUUUUUCAAUAUUUCUAUUAAUUUGGUUGCAUUUGAAAAAGACAUAAUGUUACAUGUAAUAUUAAAAAUGUUUAGUUAAGAGAAUAAUUCUUGAUAUAAACCUAUAACUAUUGCUCUCCACUUGAUAAUUUGUUCCUCUUUAUUGUGCAGUAUAUGGAAGGAAGAUACCUAAUGAAUAUACAGUAUCUAUGAUUUGCAUCAUCUCAGAUUUUCCCAUUUACAUGAUGUGAAAUCAAGUGCCUUCAGCUCUUACAGGUGUGCAGUACUUAUCAGCACUUUUUGGGUGUUCUUCUGUAGUUCUUGCACCACCUCUUUAAUUGGAAUAAUCUCUCACACCUGUCUCCGAAAAAAUAAAAAAAUAAACAUGUUACUUGGUCGUUUUGAUGCUUUGAAUGACCUAUAUGCAACUGCAGUACAGUAAGAUGCAAACCUCAGUGCCAGGAAGGAUGAAAACUAACUUCCUUAUUUUAUUGCUAGGGCCUACUUUGUAAAGCAGCUGCCAUACUAUCUGAUAAAAACCUAAAGAUGCUGCUGUUUUGCCCUCCCCCCCGCCCAACCCAGUGACCUUUUGCUAAAUGGGUUUCAUAUAACCCAUAUAUAUCCUGUAUAUUGUGCCUGAACCUCACUUUUGUUUUAGCUUAACUCGCUAAGGAUUAUGGCUAUAUUGUAGUUUUAGGAGCUGAGUUAUUUUUUUGUGUGUGUGUAUGUGUCUGUUUGUUUGUUCCAGAAGUUCCACAUCCCAUUACACUCCGCAUUGAGGGUGGACUUCAAACAUCUGCAGUCCUCCAUUAUUGAUGCCUCUGGAAUUUCUUGGACUUAUGCAAAAGUUUGUUUUGGACAGUAUGUCCAAGUCAAAUGCUUUUUAAUCCACACCUGAAUAAUCAAUUGUCUGGGUUUAUCCAGUGGAGUCUUAUUCUAUAAAUAUGAAUCCACAGAUAAAUCCCAGAUGAUCAAUUUGUCCAGGUGUAGAUUUAAAAAAAAAAUAUUUAAUUAGGAUGAACUGUCCGAAACAAUUAUUUGCAAGCACCUGAGAGUGCAAGCUUAAUGCUGACUGAAUGUUUGAGAAACAGAUGAAAUGAAGAUUUGCUCUUAAAAGUACUUCUUUGUUCCAGAAAGACUGAUGUUUCAUGUAUUUACUUGGUGCUCGUCUGCGUUGCACACUGCAGAGUUCUGAAGCUGAAUUGUUGAAAUGAUGUUGCUUUUUUCUAGUUUUCUGGCUAACUGCUGGACAUAUUGCUUCUUUUACAUUUAAAAGGAGCAUUUCAAGCACCAUAACUAUUACAGCAAGCUAAACAAACUAGAACACCACUGGGGAAUUUCAUGGGCCUAUGAUCCCCAAUGCUCCUCUAUGAGGAGCAUUGGAUUGUCCCGUCAUCCUGGAGGCACGCCUCCAGGAUUACACAACCCAAGGAGGAGGCUGUGACCGCUCCAAUAGAGACUUGGCGCUGGAGAAAAGGUGAGCUAUUUUGAUUUUUUUUGUUUGUUUGUUUUAUUUUACAUGGGGUGAGGUACAUAACUGAUAAGGGGCUUCUGGGCUGUACCGUUGGGAGUACAAAUAUGCAUUCCUAAUGCUACAGUGUUCCCUUGAUGAAAAAUGGCAAGGUAAUGGCAAAGUGUCAUCCCUCUUAAAGGGUACCUGUCAUGACAAUACAACUUUGUUUUAAAUUAUAGAGAAUCAGAUUUCAUUUAUACAUUGUGCUAGCAGCUUUUCUCCCCACCUGUCAGUGAGUUCAGCACAGAGAUAAGAAGGCUGUGCUCUGCUUGUCUGUUAUCAGGUAAACCCUGCUCUGGGUAUCUAUCCUUCAGCAUAAGGGAAAGCAAAGUCUGCAAAGGGAAGUAGGGAGGAGGGGCAGGCUCUGCGUGAAAGCAGCAACAGCUUUGAACAGGCAAUCUAAGGAUGGUGGGAGAGAGAACCGAUAAGUUUUAUUUACAUACCACAAAGCCAGAACAAUGUGUUGGGGAUUUCUAACCUGUUUUUGGAAGCAUGUCGUGCUUCCCAAAAGGGAAUGCAGGAGAGGUGUGUCUUACAGCGAAUGUAAACCCACUGAAAACAAGAUGCUCUCAGUUGAAAACAGCGAUGAUUAAAAUUAAAAUAUGAGCUUUUAAUAGUAUUAAGGGAAGAAACACUUAAUUGCAUAACAUGAGCAAAAGGAGCCAAGCCAGAUGGUUACAAACUGCAAAACUGUAUCUGUCAUGACAGGUUCACUUUGAGUGCUGCAAGGGGAAAGGGAUUUAGUUAAUGCCUGCAAUUUCAAGGAGAAAAGUGUGUUUAUUAAAUGUGUUGGGGUUUUUUUUUUGUUUUGUUUUUUCUCCAAUUUUUUUUUUUUCCUUUUCCAUUUUGAAUUCUGUGAGCUCACAAAUUCUAUAAUGUUCUUGUUAUACUUUCUGGAUAGUUGCUCUCUUUAAUAUUAAAAAUUUCAGGGACCCUAAACUCCUAUGCUCUUUAUUAUGGUUAAUAGAUUCAAAGAGCCCCCUGAUUUCAAUAUUUCUUGAUUCUCUCCAUUACAGCUGCAGCAAUUUGAUGCUCCCUGCUGACUGUAAAAGUUAUUGGAAGCAUAUGUAUGCUAGUGCUCACACUGUACAAGUAACUCAUACUUGCUGUCUUCUUAUGUUUUGUAAGAGACCGUGUAAUAUAGCUGCACACACACACACAUAUUUGAGAAUUCCUUGGUGAAAACAUGAAUUAAUCCAGUUAACAAGUUUAAAAGUACUUAAUCCACCCUGGAUAGGUUUGUGGGACAUACCGAUAAUCCUGUUUUAAAACAAUAGGAGAAACGUGAUUAGCUGAUAAACUUCACUUUUUUUCCUGGCUGCUACAAAAGCAAGGAUAAUGCAUUGGUGUCCAUAUUAUAACUUACUGCUUAAUACGUUUAUUGCUUUGAGAUAUAACAAUGUCCACCAAAUAAACCAGCAUCUGCAAUUCUAAUGGUGGAAUUGUUCCUCAAGGAAUUAGUCGAGCUUAUCUUGUUCUAGAUUGUUCUACCUAUUGGCAAACCUGGAAUCUAUUAAUGCAAAUGUGCUUAUGAUUCUAAAGAAUCCAGCACAGAGGAUACAGAGCUCCACUGGAAGCAAGUGAGACAGCCAUAUUGACCAUAUGUCUGCUUAUGCUCCCACACAUUUCACAAUUAUUUGUUGGAGUUUAUUUUUGAUCACUUGCUGUUCAUGCGCAGUCUAAACUAUAACUAACUAUCAUUGCUGUUUAUGAAUCCUUACAUUUGAUGUAAAUAAGAGUGACUGCUUCUUAUUACAAAGGCUAAAACAUAGUAUUUUUUAAGUAGUUACCGUGCACAUUGGCAUCACUAUUAAUAUUGUCUAGCUUUUUUUACCUUUCCUUUUAAUUCUUGUUUGAUCUACCAGAUUCCAGAAACUUCUGGGUCAGAAUUCUAUAUUGUGAAUACUCAAGAGUUCUCUCAGGUACCCUAUAUAUUAUCAAGACAUAUUUUAUGUGAGAGAAUCUCUAGACAAAGCCUGUGCUAGACAGUGUUUUGUGAAUCAUGUUUUGUUUUUGUUUAUUUUACUUUAGUGUUUAUCAUGCAUGAUGCCCUUUUUCCAAUUUUAUGUUCUGUCCGGUUUAUUUUAGUGGUUCAUAUUGAUUGUGUUUCAUCAGAGUAUUUACACACUAGCAUGCUGUGUUUUCUUUUUGUGUGUUUGGGGUUAUUUUGCUUUACUUUCCACCAAAAGCAGCCCUUUAUUUUGUGAAUCUUCCUUUCAUUAAGCCUUUGUAUUAUGGUAUUUAACAUUGAUUUGACUUUCUUUAUUAUUAUUAUUACUAUUAAUAUACUAAAAUGAGGCUUGUAUCUUAAAAUAACUAUUGAUGCCUUUGUAGAAUUUGAUCUACUUGACAAACUCUUUUUUAAAGAGUGUUUAAAAAAAAUCAUAAUAAAAAAGCUCCCUAGUUUUAUUAUACUGUUGCAAUUGAUUUUAACACCAUUAUUAUUAUUUUAUUUUUUUAAUGUCACUUCCAGGAAAGAGAAUCUCUUCAGAAGCAACUUGAUGAAGCCAACAGGGAAGCACAGAGAUAUCGACAACAGCUUAUAAAGAAAGAGCAAGAAGCAGAGGCUUGUAGGCAGAGAUUGGAUGCGAUUAACAGACUCCACACUAAGGAAGUUGUUUAAUUAGUUACAGUAGACUUGUAGUAAUCUCAUUUGUGAAGAUGCAAACCUGUACUGCCCCAAUUUAUGACAUGUGAUACAUCUGAACACAUGAACAUUCAGCAAGAAAACAGGUUUCUUCACCAAGAGCCUCCAACGUCCUUGUGAAAUGCAUUAUACAAGUGCUGGAGUAAGCAAAGGUCAAUCUUUGUGAAAAGUAUUUUUAAAAAAAUAAAUACUGUACAUAGCCCUUUUUUACAGUUAGCAUAUAAGUUGAUGCUGAUGUUUGAAAGGUAGCAGAGGUAACCUUGUCAACUAAAACCUAUCUAAGCGCUUAAGAUCUCUAAAGUGGAUGUUACUUUGAAAGAUAAUCUGCUACUCUUUCUUUAAACAGAUCAACGAGGCCUUUGAGGUUAUCAUUUCCUAGUGGAAAUCUUUGUACAGCUUUUCAUUUUGUUUUGUGUCUCCUAAUUUUCUCCCCUUUUCUAUUGAGCAAAAACUUUUAUAUUGAUUUAACUUCUGAAAAACAUCCAGGUAAAGUGACUUGUAUAUGAAGCGAAUAUUUUUUAAAAACAAAAAUCUAAAAAAAAAACAAAAACAUUUUUGUACAUAUGUUGCAUGCUUUUUGUAUAUUCUUCCUGCACAUAUCAGGCUUGGUAAUCUUGUGGCAACAUAUAAAAUUAUCUACAUAUAGACUGUGUAACACUUAACGGCAAGUUUGAAUUACUCCCUCUCAGGACUUAAACAGUCUUAAAAUGUUUUUUUUUGGAGAGUUAAUGUUACACCAUUCCAAACCAAACAAAGUGUCCCUAUAUAAUUUAGAAAGCAGAAUACUGUAAAUUCAGACAUCUGAUGUAUUUAAGUAACUAUUAGCCACAGAUUAUUUAUACUCUCAUUAUUUUUCAUUUGCUUCUUUUGGUUUAGAUUAUGCCUCUAGCACAUCUCUUCUAUGCAGAUGAUGUUAAAAUAUAUUUGUUAAUAUCCAUGACUCCACACACAUCUAGGUCUUAGUCCAAGACAGAUGAGUGUAAACAUAAUGAACAUUGUUUGUAUUACAGCUACUACAUAGAAAUUCUGUGUAUGUAUGUUUAUUUGUAUGUGUGUGUUUUAUAUGUAUGUAUGUAUGUAUGUAUGUAUAUAUAUACAUACACACGCACACAUUUGCAAUUAUGUGACUUUGCUUUCAAAGUCUAAUAUGCAAUCCAUUUUAUUUUUUGUUUUGUUUCACAACUUCCAAAUUUAUUUUUUCCUUCUACCUUUUUCGGCUUGUUUAUGAAAAUAAUGUGAUGAAAUACAAAAGUGAUCACAAUAUAUAAAUUUUGUUUAUUUGUAAACGCAAUGAUUUUUAAUUGCAGAUGCUUGGAUAGUGAAUAUAAAGGGUGAUUUUAAUUCUCACAGGGUAAAGCAGUCCCACUGUACCUGAAGAACAUGGAGUGGCAUUAUCAUUGCAGCGCACUUUUUUGUUUGUUUUGUUUUUGUUUUGCACAUUCUUGCUGCAGAAUGGAAUAUAUUUUUGUUUAAGUUGCCUCCAUUAUUUGAAUUCUUCAGGGGCAGGACAGACCAAAAAUAUUAAAUUAAAUAAAUUGAGAAAAGUACUAUCCCUCAGGAACUCCAGAGAUGUGCCACUAUUUUGCUUAAAAUUUCAGUAAGCAAGCUCUCUUCUUUUUAUGAAAUGCUACUGAAAUAAAGAAUUAAUGUUUCUUGAUCAAUUGUCAAUAUGUCUGGAGAGAUAUAAAUUAUAAUGAUCUUAAGUAGAAGGGAGUAUACAGUGUUGAGAGCUAUGUGCCUGUGCAUCCUGUUCAUAUUUUUUAUUUUACUUUUAUUAAAGAUCUUUACAAAUAUUCAUGUUUGUUUUAAUUCUGAAAAUGUUAAGAAUUUGAGAUUUAUUUAGUGUAUAAUAUAUAAACUGGAUAGAUACUAACACAUCACAAG